AUGUACAACCAGCAAAAGCUGCACGAUAUGAUCGAUCAAAAAAAAAAAUUCAUCGAAGUUGACAGUCCGAAAAUUAUUCGUGAGUAUAAUAGCCACAUGGGUGGUGUUGAUUUAAUGGAUGGCUUAAUGGGCCGCUACCACAUUCGAAUUAAAUCGCGUGAUGCAAUAGUCCGCUUGUUCUAUCACUUCCUCGAUAUGGCUUUAACAAAUUCAUACGUGCUUUAUCGUCAAUUUCGUGAAGAAAUUGCUGAUAAACUGGUAAAAUUUACCGAGAAAAAAUCGUUCGGACGACCAAAAACGUCAGGUAAGCGCACAUCGGUAGAUGAACCACUAUCACCACCACCAGGUAGUUCGGCUCAUGGUAGAAAGCCGAAACAUCCAACUGAAGAUUUACGAUAUGAUGGACAGGAUCAUUUCCCAUGGUGGUUGCCGAAGAGCGGUAUAAAAAAAGCAAUGUAA